AUGUCAGGCACAGGACAUGAACCUGUGGGAUACCAGCUUGGAGGUGUGAUGAAGACCCGGCCGGCCAUUUUGCGGAGCUCAGUGAAGGCUGCAGUUGUUGAUGUUAAGCAGACUGUACUGCUUGAAAAUGGCGAUGUGUUGAAGAGGCCCAUCCUCCACCUGCAAGGCCUAGCAUUGAAGAGAACAACCUGUGCAGAUAUUACCAAUGUGUGUAUCUGUGUGAAUCAACCUUCAAUGUGUUUAAAGGAGGAGAACCAGAACACUACAAAAGCACCACGGAAACAACGGAUGAGGUCCAUGCGGGAGGCUGAUGUGGCAGAGAACGUGAGGGAGGACUCACUGAAUUGGUUCCUCCAGGAAGAUGGGCUGAGUGCGAGAACGGAACCGGUGGCAGAGUCACAAUCACCGCAGAGCAAGGAGAUGGCGCAGGACCAGAGUCUGUUGGAAGAAUUUGUGCCUCGUCCACUUCAUCUGAGCAUCACCUACAGCCUGGAGGAGCCAGUGGUGCCAGCCAUUUACGCCGAGGACAUAUUUAACUACAUGACGCAGCGAGAGAAGCAGUUUGCCCUAUCGAGCUAUAUAAACCGACAGCCAGAGAUCAGCGUACACAUGAGAGCCAUUCUGAUUGACUGGAUGGUGGAAGUCCAGGAGUGUUAUGACUUGCUCCUGGAAACUCUGUACCUGGCGGUGAAGAUGGUUGACUGCUUCUUGUCCAAGCAACUGUGUCAACGUGAAGAGCUGCAGUUGCUCGGGGCUACCUCGUUACUCAUUGCCGCCAAGUUCGAGGAGUUUUGCCUGCUCUACGUUGACGACUUCCUCUAUAUCUGUGACGACAGCUACAAACGGGAUGAAAUGCUGAGGGUGGAGAGGACAAUUCUUCAAGUGCUUGAUUUUGAUAUCAACAUCCCAACUGUGUACAGCUUCCUCCACCACUACUCAAAGAGCACCGAGGUUGGGAUGAAGACCCUGGCAUUGGCUCAUUACCUUUGCGAGCUGACGCUGCAGGACUACAGUUACAUGGAGGAGCGGGCAUUCUGCGUGGCAUCAGCCUGCCUAUGCCUGGCUAUGAAGAUGGUUGGUCCAGAUGGAAAGGUCCUCGAAGCGAGGAGGAUGCUUGCCACAGCUCACGCCAGGAACCUGCACGUGGAGCCUUUGAAGAUGGGGCCACCACAUGGUUCUGGCUGA